GCAGCCGGUAAAUAUCGGGGUCUACAUAUGUCACAAAGACGAAGAAAUUCUUUUGAUGCAAUUUUUGAACUGAUUGAGGUUAGUAAGAGUCGGAGACGACACCGAAGGAAAGAAUGCAGUCAAGUAGGUUGACUGUGCAGUGCACUUCCCCUGUAUAACAAAAAAUAAGUACAAACAUAGGACUUCAUUGAAGCAAAUUGAACUUGCUAUGGCACCCGUCAGAAAAUGAUGUCUCACAAUUUAGUCCCAAAAGCCGG